AUGGCUGAAGCCAGCUUCAAACAGAUGAUUGCCACUCUAUUGCGCCAAACAAGGCCACAAACUUUUCGCCACUCGAAGCCUCCUCGGUAUCCUCAGCGCCCGUUGUCCACCGCUACGAACAUCCAACCCCAGCGACCUGCAGCAGCAGAUCCGCGAUGGCAGGCACAUACACUCCAGGACCAGAGCCCUUCCGCGCCUCAGAACGAGCGGCCACGACUCGAAGGCUUACGAAACGAGUCCGAACCACGACCUUUCUCGUCCUUUCUGACCGACAACUACUCGCGCCAGCAUAACUAUCUGCGCAUAUCAAUCACCGAACGAUGCAAUUUACGAUGUCUUUAUUGCAUGCCCGAGGAAGGUGUUCCGCUUUCUCCUUCCGCGCAGUUACUCACAACCCCCGAAAUUGUAUAUCUCUCGGAAUUGUUUGUUAAACAGGGCGUUGACAAGAUUCGACUGACCGGGGGUGAACCUACGGUUCGAAAAGAUAUUGUGGAUCUCAUGCAUCAGAUUGGGAAAUUGAGGGGCGAUGGUCUGAAAGAAUUGUGUAUAACAACAAAUGGCAUAUCUUUACAUCGAAAACUCGAUUCCAUGGUUGAAUCCGGACUGACUGGGGUCAAUUUGAGCUUGGAUACACUCGAUCCUUACCAGUUCACCAUCAUGACGCGGAGAAAUGGACACGAUGCAGUCAUGAAAUCUAUCAAUCGCAUACUUGAAAUGAACAAAAUGGGAGCAGCCAUCAAACUUAAGAUCAAUUGUGUGGUAAUGCGGGGUUUGAAUGAGCGGGAGAUUCUACCAUUUGUGGAACUUGGCAGGAACCAAGAUCUCGAGGUGCGAUUUAUCGAGUACAUGCCAUUUGACGGUAACAAAUGGUCGGAGAAAAAGAUGUUAGGCUUCAGGGAAAUGUUAGCUCUUAUCCGCCAAAAGUAUCCCAAUGUCGAAAAGGUACGAGAUCAUAAGAACGACACGAGCAAGACAUACAAAGUCCCAGGUUUUGCUGGUCGAAUCGGGUUUAUCACGUCCAUGACGCACAACUUCUGCGGCACUUGCAAUCGACUUCGAAUUACCUCCGAUGGCAAUCUGAAGGUUUGCCUCUUUGGAAAUGCCGAAGUCUCUCUACGGGAUAUUCUACGCGAAUCCAAUCACGGCAACCCGAUUGACGCCGAAGCCAUGGAGGCUAUUCGACAGCUCGAGCUAAAUCACCGCCAGCGACUGUCUGCGACUGGAGAGCCAGGGAUGUCUGAACAGGAAGCAAAGUUGCUCAAUGUCAUUGGCAUGGCGGUGAAGCGCAAGAAGGAGAAGCAUGCUGGGAUUGGCGAGCUGGAGAACAUGAAAAACAGACCAAUGAUUCUUAUCGAUGACGCUCCUCUCAAACAAUCUAUGUCUCCUUCGCCGCCUCGGACAUGCCUCCCCAGCUAUGGUAACGCCAUGAAUAUCUUCCACCAAUCCUCGCUUCCGAUGCAUCUGCUGCACCAACCUACACCUUCCCUGUCGUGGUCUCAAGUUCGCUGCCUUUCUUCGCUAUCUUCGACAAACCCUGCUGGGCUCAGAAGGUUCAGUGUCUCAACCUCGCUGGCCGGAUUGAGGCAUAAGCCCUUCCGCUAUGUUCAUGGCCAGUCCUUGUACCGACGUGUCCCAACAAAGAAGCCGGAAAAUAUUCCUGCAAAUUCCUUUCGUAGUUGGGACGAGAGCCGACAACGAUCCUUACAGGGGAAAGCCUCGAGAGCAAGGUAUAGAGCGCAAUCGUACGGCCAGUAUCUGAUUCGAGAUAUCAUGAAGCGCGUGUAUCACCACCAGAGCCCUCACAACGGACGCAGUAGUAGAAGCUCACCAAGUUGGUGGACUGAAAAUGAACAAUCAAAACAGUCUGUUGAAGGGGAACAAGCAGAGUCCCAAACAGGAGCCAGCGCGGACGCGACCCUCACUCACCUAACUGCUGAUGGCGAAGCGCACAUGGUUUCUAUCGCAAACAAGAAACCAACGUCUCGCUCCGCGACAGCAACAACUCUGCUGCUUUUCUCCCACUACGGGACCUACGGGGUGCUGUUUGCAUCGCGGCUACGAAAAGGCGACGCGCUGGCCGUGGCUCGGAUAGCGGGCAUCCAGGCUGCGAAGAAGACAUCGGAUCUCAUCCCUCUUGCUCAUCCGGGUCUCAAUAUCACGGGUGCCACAGUCCGCUUGGAACCAUUUAUGACAGACAAGCUGCCGUAUCCUCUAUCAGAAGGGAAAGGAGAUGUCGGGAUUCCCAGCGAUAUGGACCGGCUCUUCGGUGGCGUACUCGUGACAGCCACGGUGGCCUGCGAGGGUAAAACCGGGGUCGAAAUGGAGGCCAUCACCGCGGCGUCUAUGGCAGGGCUGACCAUGUACGACAUGCUCAAGGGCGUGGACAAGGAAAUGGUCCUUACAGCGACACGAGUCACGGCCAAGAGUGGCGGCAAGUCAGGCGACUGGGAAUGGGACUACAAACUCGGCAGACGCAUUUCCCUCUCUGCCUCCCUAGAAACAGGCAGCAACGGCAUCCCAAUCGACGUGGCAGGCCAACAAACCGAGCAAGGCGUGGUGGAACAGGACCGCCUCCUCAAGCAGCAGAGGACGCAGCAGGCCGUCAGCCAGCGACGCGAAGAGAGCUCCACGCGGGGACAGAUUUCCGCCGAAGACCUGGCUGACUGGAGAACAAGGAGGUUGAGGAAACUGCACGCCACCAGAAAGUCCGACGCCACGGGUCCAGCCACGGCCGGGCAAGGACAAGGACAAGGACAAGUACAGGUACUGACAAGGACUGAGACCUAG